GCCCUGUUAUUCCCCAUCCCUCACUCCAACCACCCACCAGUUGAAGUAAACACUCGAACAAACAUGUUCUCCAAAUUUGCUGCUCUCUUCGCUCUCGCUACCCUUGCUGCCGCCACCCCGACCGGGAACCCACCGCCCCCAGUCACUCCCCCUACCUCGCCCCAGUGCUGCAACAGUGUGCAGAGCUCAACCAGCAGUGCUGUCUCCGCCGUUGCCGCCCUCGUUGGCCUCGACCUCACCGGUAUCAACGUCCCCAUCGGUUUGGGCUGCUCGCCCAUCACCGUCGUUGGCAACAACUGUGGUGGCACCACGGUCACUUGCGACGCGCCGGAGGUUCAGUGGGGCGGUCUCAUUGCAAUCAACUGCAUUCCUAUCACUCUUUAA